AAAUAACACCAUUUUCCACAAAUUGUCCAAUUUCCAUCUUACGGCCAACAAAAAAAAGAGUAAAAUAACAAUUUAAUUUUGUAUCGAUUGCGUCGUCGUUAGUUUUCCCAUUUCCUCAUAAUUCUUCAUCUCUUUCCUUUCUCAUCUCUCGAUUCCUUUCUUUCUUUCCAUAUUCCAUUGAUUUCUCUCUUCUUAUAAAAAUACAGAUUCUCUCUUCUUAGAACCAUCACCGAUUCGAACAGAUCUAAUAAAUCGUUUUUUUCACCAGAUUUUUUUCGCCGGAGUUUGUUUUGAUCCAUUCUGUUAUGGCGGAAGAACACAGACUUCAAGAACCACGAUUAUGUGCUAACAAUUGUGGCUUCUUCGGAAGCACAGCUACACAAAAUCUCUGUUCCAAAUGUUUUCGAGAUCUUCAACAUCAAGAACAAAACUCUUCCACCGCCAAACAUGCUCUUACCCAAUCCUUAGCCGCCGUUGGCGCUGCUGCGUCUUCCUCCGUGUCGCCACCGCCUCCGCCUCCAGCUGAUUCGAAAGAAAUCGUUGAAGCGAAAUCAGAGAAACGAGCGGCGGCUGAACCGGAGGAGGCGGAUGGUCCGCCGCAAGAUCCGAAGCGGUGUUUGACUUGUCGGCGGCGCGUGGGAAUCACGGGGUUUCGGUGUAGGUGUGGUUUCGUUUUCUGCGGGACGCAUAGGUACGCGGAGCAACAUGAAUGUUCGUUUGAUUUCAAGCGGAUGGGGAAGGAUAAGAUCGCUAAAGCGAAUCCGAUUGUGAAAGCUGAUAAGCUUGAGAAGAUUUGACUUUGUUGUUUGUUGUUUGUUGUUGUUGCUUUGGUUUUGUGCGUUUGAAUGAAACACACAUGAAGAAGAAAGAGCAAGAAACAAACAUGUCAAUGUAAAUUUAAGCUUUAUUUGAUGAUUUCUUCAGUUUGGUUAUUAAAUUUGCUUAUUAUUGAUUUGAUUGUUCCGUUUGAUGAUCUUGUAGAAGGCUUAAGUCGUAUUAUCAAUGUGUAGAAUUUGGAUUUGGUUGA